AUGCCGGUAUACCAUGGAAGUGGGGUUACUGCAUGCUUUCUUGAGGACCAGAGCUCACAUAUAUCCACUUCAGUAUCGUUGAUCGGUGACAUCCCGCUGACCGACUGUGGCGAUUUCAUCCCAAGCUCCACCCGUUCACUCCAUGCACAUCUACUGUUAAACGAGAUCACUGUGCCUUGCCGUAUGAUUAUCCCGCUUCGUAGUUGCUUCGGAUGUAAAAUCGAUAUCGGACAUUCUCAAAGCUAUAUUUCGAACUCGUCCCUUGUCGUGAUGCGCUCGUAUUCCGAGGUAGACGCACUUGCCUCUGACCGUCACCGCCACAGCACAUGUGUUAUGACCGACCAAAUCGCUUGGGAGCGAAUCCUAUGGAAGGACCAAACUUACCCUGACAAUCAUGUCCCUCGGUCCUUCUUGUCGUCCCUCAGCAAGAAUCCCAAUGUGAAACCAUACACCUACUGGUCACUUGUCAUCAGAUCGUGUGCAAUAACGCAGCACCUGUCCGCAAUCAUACUCUUUCUCGUGGCUUUCGUGCAUCUGUAUAGCGGAAGCCUGGAUCCGCGCUUACUCGUCUUCAUCUCGGGGGGCAUGUUCCUCAUUGGCCUCGUUCUGUGGGAAAUGCUUGAUCGAGUCGACUCGGAGUGGGCUGUCUAUCGAGCGAAUGUCGACUACCGUGCAAAAGCUGCAAAAGCGUCAAUAUUGAUAUUCCUCGCACUUAUCGCCCUGGCGCCAAUUCUGCGGACGCUGACUGCCCCCACUUCGUCGGAUUCUAUAUGGGCCCUCUCCAUUUUCCUCUUCCUAUUGAACGCCGGUCUCGCAGACUAUAGCUCAGUGAGGCGUGGGGGUCAGAUUCGUGAACGGCUCACCUCAGUGCUUUCAAUGAACGCCGCCAUCUCCGCGGCAGUGGUGUUGGCCUCACGUUUACACGAGGAUUUGGCUGUGUUUGCAUUGGUGCUUUUCGCAGUGCUACUUUUCGCGCUUUUCCCGAUCCUCCGUCAUCGUUUGCAGUCUAGACCGACGAACGUCCGGCUCCUAUUCACAUCGGCAAUGUCCGUGCUGGCCCUCGUUCUCAUGUCGCAAGUUUCUGCUCCAACGACGCUGCUGUUCGGUUCAGCGAUGGCAAGCGUGACAUUUGUCGCGCCCGCAGUCCUCGUUCACGCACAAGCCCACAAGAAUGAGAUUCGCGGACCGUGGGACGUGGCAGUACCCAAGGUUUGGAUUCGUGGAACUCAGGUGUCGUGA